GGCUGAUCCCAAGCAAUUAGAUUAGUAAGGCAGUCUAAGUGGGGAUAAAGUAAUAAAGUAAUAAAGUAAUAGAAGAACUAUUUUGUUUAUAAAGAGAUUUGACACUUUAUAGUAUGCAAAUUAGAGCGUUCACGCCAGGAGCUGGAGCUGCCUCGGCAACUGCAGCAGCAGCAGCAGCUCCGGAUAUAUCAUUAUUUCAUCCUAAAGUAUUAUUAUUAUCAGCUGGAAUAAGUACUUCAAUAAUUUUAGGAUAUAGAGUUUAUAGGAGAUAUAUUAGAAGAAUUCGAACGUAUCUUGAUAUUACUCCUGAAAUUUUAGAUAAAAAUCAUCGAUUAUAUGGUUAUGUUACAAGAGUUGGAGAUGGAGAUAAUUUUCGAUUUUAUCAUACACCUGGUGGUAUAUUAUUAGGUUGGGGUUGGUUAAGACAAAUACCUACUGGUAGAACUGCAUUAAAAGAUGAAACAUUAAUGAUUAGAUUAUGUGGAAUUGAUGCUCCUGAACGAGCUCAUUGGGGGAAACCAGCUCAACCAUAUAGUGAAGAAGCAUUAAAUUGGUUAAAUGAUUAUUUAAUUGGAAGAUAUGUUUCAAUAACUCCUUAUUCAAUAGAUCAAUAUAAAAGAGUAGUAGCACGAGCCGAAGUUUGGAAAUGGAAUGGUAAAAAAGAUGUUAGUGCUGAAAUGAUUAAAAGUGGAUUGGCUAUGGUAUAUGAGGGGAAAGUAGGAGCAGAAUUUGGUAAUAAUGAAUCAUGGUAUAGAACUUUAGAAUCAAGAGCAAAAUAUUUAAAGAAAGGUUUAUGGUCAUUAGGUAAAAAGCUUACAACUCCUGGUGAGUAUAAAAAGAUACACUAUAGAGGCGAAUAAAAUUUUCGUUCGUUAUAAAUGUGUUAAUAGUAAAUCUCAAUCUCUGCAUUUUUU